GGGUCUGCCCCCGUACGUGUCGCCUCCGCCCAUCCAGUGUGCCGUCCGUCCUCACGGUGGGGAAGGACACACACAUCACAUUCACGCACGGACAAGCACUGUCGCCACCAGCUGCGGACCGUUUCACGCUGCUGCGUGCGCCCCAUGGCGCAUCAAACGCUUUCCAACAGCGCGCACUGCGAGGUGGAAGCAGGUAGCUGCAAAUGACCCCCCCACGUACACCUCUCCACCUCCCUUGCUGCAUGUCACGGUGGUGGGGCUCCUCACGAAGACUUCUUCUUUUGUUGUUAUUUUUUUGUUACGGCGCUUUCACUGACAGUGGUGGAUCCGCACGCCAUGCGUCUUCUUCGGCGUCCAGCAGGAGUCUUUACUGAGCCCCUUUGAGUGCCUCCUGUGCUCCCAAAUAACUUUGUGUCUGGGGGUCUUUUUUUUUUUUUUUUUUUUUAAAGAGGGGCGGAGGGUGAGCGCCAGGAUGGGAGUUCGGAUGAGGGCAGCCCAGCAGAAACAGACGCUGCUGUGGAUCAUCGUGGUGACUCAGUGUGUGUCGGCACUGGGCUGCGGACUCCAUUACGAAUACGCCAUCGAGGAGUUCUGUUUGGCCAAAUUUCGACUAGACAUGCAGGAGCUGGACCAGGGAGACUGGUGCAGCUGGGAGGACACUGUCGAACUGUACGGCGAGCUGACAAACUGCACAUACCUGGUGGCGCUCAAGAUGGACUGCUUCUGGCCCAACCUCCUGGUGGACGACUUCUUCAUCCGCGUGCACAAGACGUACUUCCACAACUGCUCGCUGUCAGGGCGUCUGCUCAGGGACCCCCCCAACCGGAUCCUGGGCCCCUUCAUCGUGAUGCCUAUCCUGGUCACCCUCCUCAUGACUGCUCUGGUGGUGUGGAGGAGCAAGCGCAGCGAGGGCAUCGUGUAGUGGAGGAAAAGGAAGUUGAGAUUCCGUGGAACUGCUAAUACAAGGUCUCAUCUUUUCUUUAAAGUGAAAGGACGUAGACCUGACAUAACCUUGGACAUUAAAAACUCUUCUGUGAAUGAUGGAUGGAACCUCGUGACUACAACAAUCUAGCAGCUAUUUCAGUUUCAUUGAACACAACGCUAUUAUUCUUAUCUGAAUGCCAACAGGUGGGCACACAGGUUAGUUGUACCUUCUGCCAUCUAAUGGAGGAGAAUUUAACUGUUCUGCCUGCCACUGUCACUAUGUCACUGGCAUAGAGAGAUGAACAAAGAUACAUUAUUUUUAGUAAAUAAAAAGUAAAAUUGGAUCUUUUCCUGCAACACACUCGAUGAUCUCGCACAGCACAGUGGUUGGGAAUCACUGUUCCAGAUGAAAGCUGUAAAGGACAUUUACAACACUGUUCAGGGCAAUUACAGUUAAUCAUUCUUUCCCUUCAGAUACAUUUUCAGCACCAUGCAAUGAAAAGAUACAAUAUGGUUUCUGUUGGGGUAUGAGCCCUGACACCCCUGUGGAUUAAGAGGGGUAUGCGCUUACUGAUAAUCUGGCCGAAUUGGACCAUUUUUCACUCCCUUCCGAUCAAAGUCAGUGAAGGCCCAGUUGUCGGAUGUCACUACAAGAUUAUCCUGAUACUGAGGACGAUUAUCAUACAUAUAUAUAUAUAUAUGAUGAUGGUGAUUCUUUUGUGUUGAGGGGUGUGUCUGCUCAGAAAAUCUGAAGUCGGUACGGACUCAGAAAAUAAAAACAAAUGUUUGACUUGUCACUCGAGAGCUGCUGUUUACAUAUGACGACCCCCCCCCCCCCACCAUGGAGUCAAUGUCACAUUUAUCUGUCGCGAAUUGACGGCCACCUUGGGGUGCUACAAUCUUGCACCCCACUUUGGUCCUAUCUAUUGCAUUAAGUGGGGAGCUACUGUGCAUGUCAAACAUUUAACAAGAGUCAGUGGGUAAAGACAAGCGCCCCAGACCGGAAGUGCGUCACUAAUCGGACCACACACAUGAGCAAAUUAACUCAUCAUUACCGAUACAGUGUUCCCUCGCCACUUCGCGCUUCACAUUUUGCGGCUUCAGUGCUUCGUGGAUUUUUCCAAAAUAUUCAUCAAAAAUAAAAAUAAAUUCAUUCAAAAAUAAAAAUGAAAAAAUACAGCCAUAUCAGCAGCCAUAUUGCGGAAAGACGCGUUGUUUCAUGUUGAUGUACGAGAGAGAAGGUUUCCCUGCAUGCCAAACAGAGAUGAAUUGACUCAGAGGCUUUGUACAUGCCGCGGGCACUCAUACAAGGCGCGUGAUUGGUUCCCGGCGUGACAUCGACCAAUGAGAGCACAAGUGGAUUUAUCCCGUGAGCUGAUUGUCUGCGCAUCAUCGCCGCCUCACCCAGCAUCUUCCCUUGUUGUGUCUCGCCAGUCUCGUCCACGCUGUUGACUGUCUCGCAUACUGCAUCUUAGUGCUAUGUUUGUGAUAACUGCUUUUGUUUAAGCGAUAACUUUUUUUUGAUUAGGGAAGCCUUUACAAUGCCGCCUAAGCGCUGUGCCCCUGCGAAAGCUUCCUCCGGGGCGCCCAAGAGGAAGAAGAAGAUGAUGACCAUCAGCGAAAAAGUGAAACUUUUAGAUAUGAUCAAAGAGGGCAGAAGUUAUGCAUCUGUGGCACGCCAUUUUGGCGUGAAUGAAUCUCCAGUGCGGUACAUCAAGAAAGAGGAAGGAAACAUCCGCAAAACUGCUUCAAUAAGGAAGCGAAACGUGUGGUAACUCCGCGUAAUAAGAGACGGGGUUAUGUCCUUGUACAGGGGAAUUUUGAAGCAAAAGAAAAAACAAAGACAACAACUACCCAUCACCAUGUUUUUCUCCAAAGUAAAACCCCAGCUACACCAUCAGCGCCUCCAGCAGAAGAAUCUCCGAGUGAACCUGAAGCCUCUACGAGUCAAGUGAGAGCCUCUCCUCUGCCACCAACGCAAACCUCUUCGCCUCUCUCAGAAGGCAAUGUUGAGGAAUGUUAAUUACUGCAGAAGGUUUUAUAAUUCAAGAUUUAAGUAAAUACGUAUACUGUUGUAAUCUUUGUCUCAAAUAUGAAAAGUAUAAAUACUGUUUACAUAUUUUAAACUUUCUGGUACCCACAUACACAUACACGAAAAUUCCUACGGGGGGGGGGGCAAUCCUACUUCGCGGUUGUGGUCGGGGGUUGUGGUCCCCAUUAACUGCGAAAAACGAGGGAUCACUGUAUACUAUUUGUCCUGCUCAUCUAAAAAUAGUUUCAAAAUAUUUUUAUUUUACUAUCAAUACUUUCAUGAAUGUAUUUUUUUCUCUUCAAGGAAAAUGCGAUGACCCCCGUGCAUGGUGGGGUGGCACCGUGACGCCCCCUAUUGACCAGCGGCCACUGGUGUGUACCCCGCUUAAGUUUUCCCCAUGGGUAUUAUCCUACAUUAAGAAAACUAUCGUGUAGAAAGAAACACCAGCGGUCACACUAACAAUGUGUCUUUUAAGAGCAAACGGGAUCGACCAAUGUGUGAUUUGACUAACCCAAGUUAAAACUGUUCUUUCUAUUACACAGAGUUUGUAUUACACACGUCCAUGGUGUCCAACUGAAUUAUAGUUUUUGAACUGUUAAAAGAAUUCAAAGAAGAAAGCACAGUUCAAACCACAAAAAGAAUUGAAGCAACAGAUUAAGUUAGCCAACGCACUUCUCUGCUAAGCGCUGCCAAUGCCUAAAGCGAAGCUUUUCUAUCCUGUAUUGAUUUAUGAUGUCCCAGCGUGUUGGAGUGUGUUGUGUGAAUGGUCUCCAUAUUGAUAUUUUUGAAUGCUCUCUUUCCUCUUUAGGUUCAUUGAGCUGUAACCUGCCUGUCAGCAACAAACACACAGAACACACCCAUUCCUCCCUAACACGCUCUCACUUUGUACUUUGUGCCAAAAGCUCUUGGAGAAUAGAAGGCGCCUUUUGCAACAGAAAGAACGUCUGUAUGUUUUUCCCACAAAGUAUUUAAAUGUACCAUAUGAUCAAGAAGAAAACCUUUAAUAAAGUAUCUUAUUGGUGUUUUGGAA